AGGGGAAGUCACAGGCAGUUUAAGAGGACGUCUGUCACUGUCAACAUCUCCCACCUCCGUCCACUCGGCCACAAAUUAUCAAGAAAUACUUAUCAAAAUGAUGAAGCAGAAGCAACAUGCGGAGAUUGUGAAGGCUAUACAGAGAAAUCGCAAUGGUACUAAUCCAAAGGCUCUGUUCAAGCAGUUUCCAGAAAUAAGCCAUCAGACAUUAGGCAGUAUAUAUUGCCAAGAGAUGCAGAAAAAAGUGAAAAAAUCAUUCCAUAGGUUAAAUGCUCCAGAAAAUGCAAACCACUUGUAUCAGAGCUUCUUGGCAAAUGUUGAGUGCAAUGAGCCCCCUGGAAUCUUGAUAAGGAUGGCAAGAGAAUUGGAUUUUUCUCCCGCAAUGCUGAGCAAAAUGAUUCUGGAGCAGUAUUUGUGCGCUGCCAUGCCCCAUAUGACAAUAAGCAAGAGCCAUGUAAAUCGGCUUCUGCGAGACACAACACAAAUAAUGGACCGAGAUUUAAGCUAUGAGGUGUAUAUGUGUCUUCUUGAAGAUGAUGUUUAUGGACCAUUUGCUGACAGUAUAAAACACUCCAUCGGUCAUGAAUAUGAAUUUUUGCUGAGACGAAAUCUGGAGAAGCUGAACAUAAGCUACCAUAAUGAAGAUGAAUUGCGGUUGAAGGGUUAUGAUAAGACUCCAGAUAUCAAGCUAGAUAUACCUAUUGCUGUUGAUGGCCAAGUAAUCAACUGGAUUGAGAGCAAAGCAUCGUUUGGUGAUGAAGAGAACCAUCGGACAUAUCUCAAGGACCAAUUUUGGAGUUACUGGAACAGGUUUGGCCCUGGGUUGGUGAUAUACUGGUUUGGCUUCAUCGAGGAAUUAGACGAACACCAAGAUAAAGGAAUCAUGUUGCGGGACUCUUUCCCUUCAAACAUCAUCUUGAUGGAUCCACUUUCGGUAGUAUGAGGUGGAUGUUUAAGACUUGAAUCAUAUCAUUCAUCACAGAGAUCAUAUCAGGUAAUCUUGUGCUGAUAUAUGUGAGAUACUUGACUUUGUACAGAUAUAUUUUUUUGAGAUAUUCAGUACUGUAAAAUGAUAGGUUACUUGUAUUUUGUGAAAAAUUGAAUGUAAAAUAGGUAAUUAUUACUACAGUUUCUUUUUACCAAACUACAACACAGUCAUGUAAAGAAUGUUGUUAAAAGAUCUGUUGUGUAUAUAUAUUGUUAAAAGAAAAUUAAAUUGUGAUAAAUAAUGUUUUCUUUGGAAGCAUAUGACUUUCCACUACCACUUGUGAUAGUUUAUUAAACCAUUCAGUAAUAGUGAGAAAUUUUUAAAAGGGGAAAAUAAACAAUAUUAAUAUACUAAUUUAUUGAGAGCAUAAUUACAUCACUGAAGUACUCACUUAAGCAAUAUCAUACAUUAAUUCAGUAAUGAUAAGUACCAUUCAACUUACAAGCAGGAAUCCACAUCAAAAAAAGUAUUUGAUUUUCUUGUCAAUAUACUCUGGAUACUCUCUGCACCUCAUUGAAUUAUUAUAAAUGAAACCUUACUCUAAUUUGAGUUACCAAAGCACCUCUUCUCUUGCAAUACCUUUGUCAUAAUUAUUUUUAGCCCCAUUGCCAAACACACAAAAAUACUGGAAGCUCCAAGUAUAUUUUUCUUUCAAAACUGUUUCAUAAUGAUAUAAUUCACAAAUAUUGAAGUGAUGAUAAAAUAAUGAAGAACUUCACUCAUUAAAAAAACAAAAAGAUGAUGUACAAUUAUUUUUGAUGUUAGUGAUAAAUGGUGCAUAAUUAAACUAUAAUCUAAAUAUUAUCAUAUUCUAGAUGUGCUUUUAACUUCCCUGACAAUGUAUAUUAUAUCAUAGUGCUAACUUAAACUACAUUCUACAGCAUUUUCAUACAUCAAAAAAAUGUACUAUUGAAAUAUAAAUAUAUAUUUUAGCAAAUGCAAAUAAUUCCAUAUAUUCCUUUUCUACAUAUAUGGAAGUAAUACAUAAUAAACAUUAAAUACUUUUCUGAGAAUACCUGUUUGAUCUCAAAUACUCUAGUAAAACCUACCUUAACAUUAGGUUCCCAAUCUCACAAAUUCUGAAACUUAAAAUCUAGUUCCAAUCAGCAAAUAUUUUUUUAUACUUUUUUUGUUUUGUUUUGUUUUGUUUUGUUUUUUUUGUUUUUGUUUUGUUUAAGGGUA